UUUCCACUUUCUUCCUGACCUUCAUCAUCAUCCUGGCCGUGAGGUUUUGUCGCAGGAGAAAGCCCAGAUUGUUGUUUGAUGGAGCUAGACAUUCCCAGCGCGUAUCUUCCUCCAAAUUACGCAGAGGUGGAGGACACGGGAACUCUGUUAACGACAUAUUUUGGCUCUUUCACGUGUUUUAUUGCAAACAAGUGAGUGCCAUUUUGAAGUCAGAAAAGUACCUGCGUUAAGAUUUAUCCAUCCAUCCAUCCAUCCUUCCUUCCUCCCUCAGGUAGCCAGUUGUAAAUCAUGGGGCAUACUGCACGAAUCUAUGCGUUUUUACUUGUUUGUAUUUUUAUUUUUUUUUCACAUUAGCUAUUUUGGAUUCUAAAAGGUUAAAUUUGUUUAGAGGAAAGUAAUCAAAUUUGUCUCAUUUUAACUAAUCAUCACAUUUAUUUCAGCAAUAUUGGUAUGGUCAUUUUUUGGGUGUCCGUAUGGAUCCUGAUAUUUUUCAUUGAAUCAGUUAUAAAACAUUGACAUUUUAAGUAUAUUUAUGAUUCUUUGAUCCUUGUCUCCUUACUCCUUUAUAUGCUGAUAGUUUAUAAAUAGAAUUAAACUCGGAUGUCUGUAACAUUCCAUUCAGUGAAAUGUUGCAAACGUCUUUUUAGUCGACUUGGGUGUGACAUAGAGCAGGAUUUCUUAGGCUGUCUGAGGUGCUGCACUGGCAUUUGGUCGUAGUCUUUGUUUUCUUUUUUCGUUUUACAUAAUAAUUGCUCGUACCAUUCUAACGUGCCUUGGCUUUCUUUCAAUACCUUUCAUCAUGUGUUCGUGUUUCUCUCUCACUCUUCAGAGAAUGUUGCUGCUGGCUCUUGUUUUGCUGAAUGAUGUUAAGUGUACAAGCAAGAUCCUAUUCCGAGAUUUAAUCCUACGAGAAAUGUUAAUAUUAUGCAGUUCUUUAUUGUGACUCAUAGUGUCGCUGUUUACCUGCAAAACCAUGUGUGUCUUCACUAGACAUCUCCCCACCCUGAUUAUGAUGUCAUACACUGGACCUCAAGAUCGUCUUGUUAGAGAAAUCGUCGACGGUGACAGAAGAAUUGUAUAUCAGGGAUUGAGCCUAGAUUUCUAACUUCAUUUGCACACUAAUGUUUUGGCUCACAUGUUAAUAGUUGUAUUUCUGGAUUUAAUUUUUGAUCAACUUCUCGAGAAUUCCAAAGGUUUCCUUGCUGUAAAAAUGUUUGGCCUUUUGUUCUUCGUGCUGAUGGCGCACACCGCUUAUGGAGACGUGAGCUAUUCUUUUCCGGAGGAGAUGAAACGCGGAUCUGUGAUUGGAAAUAUCGCAAAAGACGUCGGGCUCGAUGUGAACAGACUUUCAUCUGGUAAUGCUCGCAUUGAUACGGAAGGAAACCGAAAACGAUACUGUGACAUUAAUAUAAAUACUGGGGAAUUGAUUGUAGCUGAGAGAAUCGACAGAGAGGGGCUGUGUGGAAAGAAAGCUUCAUGUGUUAUAAAACAGGAGCUCGUUCUGGAAAAUCCUUUGGAGCUGCAUCGUUUUAUUCUAAAUAUUGAGGACAUAAAUGAUAAUUCGCCUUCAUUUAAACAAAAUGUGAUAAAUUUCGAAAUACGUGAAUCAGCAGACAAAGGUUCUCGUUACUUAUUAGAUGAGGCCCAUGAUGCGGAUAUUGAUAUGAAUUCAGUUAAGUCAUAUACACUUGAAAGGAAUGAACAUUUUCUUUUAAACGUAGUUACUCGGGAAAAUGGAAGGAAAUAUGGAGAACUUGUAUUGGAUAAUGAGUUAGAUCGUGAGCAGCAGAAAGAACUGACAUUAAUUCUUGCUGCGGUGGACGGCGGGACUCCACCGAGAUCAGGUACUGUAGCCAUACACAUCACUGUGCUGGAUGCUAAUGAUAAUGCUCCAGUUUUUAGUCAGGCCGUCUAUAAAGUCAGUCUGCCUGAAAAUUCUCCUGUAGAUACUGUAGUGGUGACAGUGAGUGCAUCAGAUAUUGACGAAGGACAUAAUGGAGAGGUGACGUAUGAAUUUGGACAUUUAUCUGAAACCCACCAGAAAAUAUUUUCACUGGAUGCAUUGUCUGGUGAGAUUAAACUAACGGGGCUUAUUGAUUAUGAAGAAGAAAGCUCAGUUGAAUUGCCAAUUCAAGCUAAAGAUGGCCAGGGGUUAGCCAGUUAUUCUACUGUGGUAAUUGAAGUAGUUGAUAUCAACGAUAAUGCCCCUAUAAUUUCGGUUAAAUCUCUUAAAAUCCCGAUUCCCGAGAAUGCGUUACCCGGUACAGAGGUUGGCAUCAUUAAUGUGCAGGACAGGGACUCUGAGAAUAAUGGACAGGUGCGCUGCUCCAUUCAACAAAACUUUCCGUUUAAACUCGUACCAUCAAUCAAAAAUUACUAUUCUCUGGUGACCACAGGUGAAUUAGACCGCGAGCUGCUCACUGAUUAUAAUAUUACAAUUACUGCUACUGAUGAGGGCUCUCCGCCUUUAUCUUCCACUAAGAAUAUUCACUUGACUGUAGCUGACGUGAAUGAUAAUCCACCUGUAUUUCAGCAGCACAAUUACCGAGCUCAUGUGCAAGAAAAUAACAAACCGGGCUCCUCUAUUUGUUCAGUAUCAGCUACAGACCCGGACUGGAGACAGAAUGGCACUGUAGUUUAUUCUCUGAUGUCCUCUGAUGUUAAUGGCGCACCGGUGUCAUCCUUUCUAUCCAUUAACGGAGACACCGGAGUCAUUCAUGCUGUGAGGUCGUUUGAUUACGAACAGUUGAACAGUUUCAAAGUGCUCGUGUUAGCCAGAGACAAACGGUCUCCUCCUCUGAGCAGUAACGUGACCGUGAGUGUCUUCAUAACGGAUGAGAAUGACAACUCCCCUCAGAUAUUAUACCCCUCUCCGGAAGGAAACUCCAUCAUGACAGAGAUGGUCCCCAAGGCUGCUCAGGCGCGCUCCCUGGUCUCCAAGGUGAUCGCCGUGGACGCGGAUUCUGGCCAGAACGCGUGGCUCUCGUAUCACAUUAUGAAAGCGACUGAUCCGGGACUUUUCACUAUCGGUGUCCACAGCGGAGAGAUCAGGACGCAGCGACGUACAUUUCUGAAUCUGACAGCAUGAAAACAGAACCUCAUUGUGUCCGUGAGAGAUAACGGACAGCCCUCUCUCUCAGCCACGUGCGCAUUGUAUUUACUUAUAUCAGAUAACUUGGCUGAAGUUCCAGAACUGAAAGACAUGUCUCGUGAGGAGAGCAGCUCCAAACUCACGUUUUAUUUGAUCAUUGCGCUGGUGUCCGUUUCCACUUUCUUCCUGACCUUUAUCAUCAUCAUCCUGGCCGUGAGGUUUUGUCGCAGGAGAAAGCCCAGACUGUUGUUUGAUGGAGCAGUAGCCAUUCCCAGCGCGUAUCUUCCUCCAAAUUACGCAGAUGUAGAGGGUGCGGGAACUCUCCGCAGCACUUACAAUUAUGACGCAUACCUGACCACGGGCUCGCGCACUAGUGACUUCAAGUUCGUCAGAUCUUAUAAUGAGGGCACGAUGACUGCUGACCUGACUCUGAAAAAGACUCAGUCAGCUGUGGAUGAUCUUGAAGGACUCGAUGCAGCAAUGGGUGAUUCGUUUCAGGUAGGACUUGAGAUUUGUUUAAAUUUAAUAUUUGUGUUUUCAACUGACUGCUUUCUUUGGCAAUGUUCUUUUUUCUUAGCAGUUCACGCGACUCUUUCAAAUAAAUGGUGUACUCCUCUCGAUUUUUCUGAAUUUAAUUUUACAUUUGUCGUAUUGUACAUUUUAAUUGUUUUGUUGUUGGAUUUCGGUUUAAUAUCUGAAGCAUUCCAAAGGUUUCGUGUUGCUGCUGAGAUGUUUGGCCUUUUGUUCUUCGUGCUGAUGGCGCGGAUCGCUUAUGGAGACUUGAGCUAUUCUUUUCCGGAGGAGAUGAAACGUGGAUCUGUGAUUGGAAAUAUAGCAAAGGAUCUCGGACUCGAUGUGAACAGACUGUCAUCUCGUAAGGCUCGAAUUGAUGCUGAAGGUAACAGAAAACGAUACUGCGACAUUAAUCUAAAUACUGGAGAGCUGAUCGUAGCGGAGAAAAUCGACAGAGAGGGACUUUGUGGAAAGAAAGCCUUGUGUGUCAUAAAACAGGAGCUUGUCCUUGAAAGCCCUCUAGAAUUGCAUCGUUUUAUUCUCAAUGUUGAAGACAUAAAUGAUAAUUCACCACAAUUCACAGAGAAUGUCGUUAAAUUCGAAAUACAGGAAUCAGCAGUCAAAGGAUCUCGUUACUUAUUAGAUGAGGCCCAUGAUGCGGAUAUUAGUCUUAAUUCUGUGCAAUCAUAUACACUUCAAAACAAUGAACACUUUAUUCUUAAUGUACUAACCAGAGAAAAUGGAAGAAAAUAUGGCGAGCUAGUGCUGAAUAAAGAGUUGGAUCGUGAGCAGGAGAAAGAGGUAACAUUAAUUCUUACUGCGGUAGACGGCGGGACUCCACCGAGAUCAGGUACCGUAGCCAUACAAAUCACUGUGCUGGAUGCUAAUGAUAAUGCUCCAGUCUUUAGUCAGACCAGUUAUAAAAUCAGUCUGACUGAAAAUUCACCUGUAGAUACUGUAGUGGUGACAGUGAGCGCUACUGAUGCUGACGAGGGACAAAAUGGUGAAGUGACAUAUGCGUUUAGUCAUUUAUCCGAAAUUGUCCGGCAAUUAUUUUUCCUUGAUACAAUGUCUGGAGAGAUUAAACUAAAGGGACUCAUGGAUUUUGAGGAGGAGAGUUCAAUUGAAUUGCCGAUUCAAGCUAAGGAUGGUCAAGGGUUAGCCAGUCAUUGUACAGUAAUAAUAGAUGUUAUUGAUAUCAAUGAUAACUCCCCUAUGAUUGUAAUCAAUUCCCUCCAUAGCCCUGUUCCUGAGAAUGCAUUACCCGGUACAGAGGUUGGCAUCAUUAAUGUGCAGGACAGAGACUCUGACAAUAACGGACAGGUGCGCUGCUCCAUUCAGCAAAACUUCCCGUUUAAACUCGUUCCUUCAAUCAAAAAUUACUAUUCUCUGGUGACCACAGGUGAAUUAGACCGCGAGCUGCUCUCUGAUUAUAAUAUUACAAUUACUGCUACUGAUGAGGGCUCUCCGCCUUUAUCUUCCACUAAGAAUAUUCACUUGACUGUAGCUGACGUGAAUGAUAAUCCACCUGUAUUUCAGCAGCAGAAUUACAGAGCUCAUGUGCAAGAAAAUAACAAACCGGGCUCCUCUAUUUGUUCAGUAUCAGCUACAGACCCGGACUGGAGACAAAAUGGCACUGUAGUUUAUUCUCUGUUGUCCUCUGAUGUCAAUGGCGCACCGGUGUCCUCCUUUCUAUCCAUUAACGGAGACACCGGAGUCAUUCAUGCUGUGAAGUCGUUUGAUUACGAACAGUUGAAAAGUUUCAAAGUGCUCGUGUUAGCCAGAGACAACGGUUCUCCUCCUCUGAGCAGUAACGUGACCGUGAAUGUCUUCAUAACGGAUGAGAAUGACAACUCCCCUCAGAUAUUAUACCCUUCUCCGGAAGGAAACUCCAUCAUGACCGAGAUGGUACCCAAAGCUGCUCAGGCGCGCUCCCUGGUCUCCAAGGUGAUCGCCGUGGACGCGGAUUCUGGCCCGAACGCGUGGCUCUCGUAUCACAUUAUGAAAGCGACUGAUCCGGGACUUUUCACUAUCGGUGUCCACAGCGGAGAGAUCAGGACGCAGCGGGACAUUUCUGAAUCUGACAGCAUGAAAGAGAAACUCAUUGUGUCCGUGAGAGAUAACGGACAGCCCUCUCUCUCAGCCACGUGCGCAUUGUAUUUACUUAUUUCAGAUAACUUGGCUGAAGUUCCAGAACUGAAAGACAUGUCUCGUGAGGAGAGCAGCUCCAAACUCACGUUUUAUUUGAUCAUCGCGCUGGUGUCCGUUUCCACUUUCUUCCUGACCUUCAUCAUCAUCAUCCUGGCCGUGAGGUUUUGUCGCAGGAGAAAGCCCAGACUGUUGUUUGAUGGAGCUGUAGCCAUUCCCAGCGCAUAUCUUCCUCCAAAUUACGCAGAGGUGGAGGGUGCGGGAACUCUCCGCAGCACUUACAAUUAUGACGCAUACCUGACCACUGGCUCGCGCACUAGUGACUUCAAGUUCAUCAGAUCUUAUAAUGAGGGCACGUUGACUGCUGACCUGACUCUGAAAAAGACACAGUCAGCUGUGGAUGAUCUUGAAGGACUUGAUGCGGAAAUGAAUGAUUCGUUUCAGGUAGGAUUUAUUAUUAUUAUUAUUAUUAUUAUUAUUAUUAUUAUUAUUAUUUCGAGGUUUGGCUCUUAUGCAUUUGAAAGGUUCUGUGUUACUGCUGAGAUGUUUGGCCUUUUGUUCUUCGUGCUGAUGGCGCACACCGCUUAUGGAGACGUGAGCUAUUCUUUUCCGGAGGAGAUGAAACGCGGAUCUGUGAUUGGAAAUAUAGCAAAGGAUCUCGGACUCGAUGUAAACAGACUGUCAUCUCGUAAGGCUCGAAUUGACACUGAAGGUAACAGAAAACGUUACUGUGACAUUAAUCUAAAUACUGGAGAACUGACCUUAGCGGGGAGAAUCGACAGGGAGGAAAUUUGCGGGGACAGGCUUUCAUGUGUUUUAAAAUUUGAGGUAAUGCUAGAAGAUCCAUUAGAGCUGCACCGUGUUUCAGUUCAAAUUCAGGACAUUAACGACAAUUUGCCUGUUUUCUCAAAGGAUUUGAUUACAUUUGAAAUCGGGGAGUCUUCUCUUAGAGGUACUCGCUAUCGCUUGAAUGCUGCUCAUGACGCAGAUGUAGGACAAAAUGCAGUUCAGAGAUACGACCUACAGAAAAAUGCUAACUUUAAGCUCACGAUCAGUUCAAAUGUAGAUGGAGAAAAGAAUUUGGAAUUAUUACUAGAUAAAGAAUUAGAUCGCGAGCAGCAAAAAGAGCUUACAUUAAUUCUUACUGCGGUAGACGGGGGGACUCCACCGAGAUCAGGUACCGUAGCCAUACACAUCACUGUGCUGGAUGCUAAUGAUAAUGCUCCAGUCUUUAGUCAGGCCGUCUAUAAAGUCAGUCUGCCUGAAAAUUCUCCUGUUGAUACUGUAGUGGUGACAACUAGACGAACUACUGAUGCUGACGAGGGACAAAAUGGAGAAGUGACGUAUGAGUUCAGUCGUAUUUCUGACAAAGCCAAAAACCUGUUUUCAUUAGAUCCAAAUACAGGUGCCAUUCGAGUUACGGGUUCACUAGAUUAUGAGGACGAAAUUGUUUAUGAAUUGCGCAUUGAAGGGAAAGAUGUAUUUGGUUUAUCCAGUGACGCUAAAGUUGUAAUAGAACUUGCAGAUGUUAAUGCUCCUGAGAUACAAUUGAAAUCUUUGCGUACCCCCGUUCCUGAGAAUGCGUUACCCGGUACAGAGGUUGGCAUCAUUAAUGUGCAGGACAGAGACUCUGAGAAUAAUGGACAGGUGGGCUGUUCCAUUCAGCAAAACGUCCCGUUUAAACUCGUACCUUCAAUCAAAAAUUACUAUUCUCUGGUGACCACAGGUGAAUUAGACCGCGAGCUGCUCUCCGAUUUUAAUAUUACAAUUACUGCUACUGAUGAGGGCUCUCCGCCUUUAUCUUCCACUAAGAAUAUUCACUUGACUGUAGCUGACGUGAAUGAUAAUCCACCUGUAUUUCAGCAGCAGAAUUACAGAGCUCAUGUGCAAGAAAAUAACAAACCGGGCUCCUCUAUUUGUUCAGUAUCAGCUACAGACCCGGAUUGGAGACAGAAUGGCACACUGUAGUUUAAUUCUCUGUUGUCCUCUGAUGUCAAUGGCGCACCGGUGUCGUCUUCUCUAUCCAUUAACGGAGACACCGGAGUCAUUCAUGCUGUGAGGUCGUUUGAUUACGAACAGUUGAAAAGUUUCAAAGUGCUCGUGUUAGCCAGAGACAACGGUUCUCCUCCUCUGAGCAGUAACGUGACCGUGAGUGUCUUCCUAACGGAUGAGAAUGACAACUCGCCACAGAUAUUAUACCCCUCUCCGGAAGGAAACUCCUUCAUGACAGAGAUGGUACCCAAAGGUGCUCAGGCGCGCUCCCUGGUCUCCAAGGUGAUCGCAGUGGACGCGGAUUCUGGCCAGAACGCGUGGCUCUCGUAUCACAUUAUUAAAGCGACUGAUCCGGGACUUUUCACUAUCGGGUUCCACAGCGGAGAGAUCAGGACGCAGCGGGACAUUUCUGAAUCUGACAGCAUGAAACAGAACCUCAUUGUGUCCGUGAGAGAUAAUGGACAGCCCUCUCUCUCAGCCACGUGCGCAUUGUAUUUGCUUAUAUCAGAUAACUUGGCUGAAGUUCCAGAACUGAAAGACAUGUCUCGUGACGAGAGCAGCUCCAAACUGACGUUUUAUUUGAUCAUCGCGCUUGUGUCCGUUUCCACUUUCUUCCUGACCUUCAUCAUCAUCAUCCUGGCCGUGAGGUUUUGUCGCAGGAGAAAGCCCAGACUGUUGUUUGAUGGAGCUGUAGCCAUUCCCAGCGCGUAUCUUCCUCCAAAUUACGCAGAGGUAGAGGGUGCGGGGAACUCUCCGCGCAGCGCUUACAAUUAUGACGCAUACCUGACGACGGGCUCGCGCACUAGUGACUUCAAGUUCAUCAGAUCUUAUAAUGAGGGCACGAUGACUGCUGACCUGACUCUGAAAAAAACUCAAUCAGCUGUGGAUGAUCUUGAAGGGCUUGGUACAGCAAUGAGCGAUUCGUUUCAGGGUCCUGCGGUGCUGCAGUGUGCCAUUUACUACUGCUUUGAGAAUUUUGCUUGUAUAGAUCUCUAUCCCUCCAUGUUUGGGCUUCAAGGUCCUCUUUGA